AUGUACGUGGACAAUAUGUGUGACGUAAAAGAAGAAUUGAAGACCGUUGAAUUUGUCUGUACGACUGCAGAUAUUUGGUCAGGAAGACGACGGAGCUUCUUUGGUGUUACAGCCCAUUGGAUCACACCAAAUUUAAAAAGGAAAUCAGCAGCUUUAGCUUGUCGCCGCUUUCCUGGUAUGCAUGCUUUCGAUAAAAUCACCGAACUUUUACAUAAUAUACAUGCAGAAUUCGGAUUAAACGGUGAAAAAAUUGUUGCGACUAUCACUGAUAAUGCCAGCAAUUUCGCAAAGGCAUUUAAGAUAUUCGGUGUGAAGGAAACGUCGAUCGAACCUGAAGCUGAAGAGGAUUACACGAGUGCUUCCUCCUCUGAUUCUUCCACUGAAGAAGACGACGAAGAAGAAGAAAGUGCGAUAAAUAAAUGUGGUGUUAUCGACUUAUUACCACGUCAUAUUCGAUGCUCGGCACACACAUUGAAUUUGUGUGCUACGACGGACAUGAUGCAAGCAAUUAAAAAAAAUGAAGGUUUGUCCAUCAUUCAUAAUGAUUUGUUGCACAAAUGCAACAUAUUUUGGAAGGCAGCGAUGAGGCCGAAAUCCGCUGAAGUAAUACAGCAAACAAUUGGUCAUGCAUUAAAACGACCCGGCGAAACACGCUGGAAUUCUUUGUACGAUUCCCUCAAGCAGAUUGUACAAAUCAAGGACAAACUGAAUGAUCUGGGAAAAUCUUUAGGAUUUAAAAACAGCUUAAAGGAAAACGAUUUCAUUUAUUUGGAAGAACAUUUAGAGUGUACCGCGCCGAUUGCGGAAGCAAUCGACAUUUUACAAGCCGAUAAUAUUUUCUAUGGAACACUAUUACCGUGCUUACUAUCCUUAGAUAGAAAACUAACGAAAUUGGCAGAUUCACAAUGGAAAUUUUGCGGACCAAUAAGCAUAUGUCUCCGUGACAGUUUUCAAAGGAAGUUCAUUGCUUACUUGAAAUUUUUGAAGCCGGAGGCAGAUUAUGCUGCCCUGGCAGCACUAACGCAUCCCCAAUUUAAAAAUAAGUGGCUGAAAUUCAUUCUGGAAUAUCAUCGGAACAGACUGCUGGAUCUCUUCAAAAAUGCUAUAGCUACAGAACUUCAAUGCAAUGAGGAAUAUGUAAUAAGUACGCCACAACCAUCGUCUACUCAGGACAAUUGUUUUGAUUUUGAAGACGAUACUACGCAAAACGUAGCUACAGAAUAUUCUGCCAAAGCAGAACUUGAAGUAUUACACUUUUUUCAAGAAAGAAGUACAGAAUACACUAUCCUGGAAAAAUAUGCUGCUAUAAAAAAGAUAUUCUUGAAAUUUAAUACUCCACUACCAUCGUCGGCUCCUGUGGAGAGAUUAUUUUCAUACGCCACAAUUACAAAUUCUCCAAAGGCCAACAGAUUAUCAGAUAGCAUGUUUCAACGGAGACCAAAGACAAUGGGAUCCUUUACAGGACCUGGGACCUGA